CUAAUAAAAAUGUCAAGAAGCAAACAACGAAACAAGUUUGGUCGCCUCAGCCCCGGCAAAUGCUGCAGCCUUAAUGCUGUGACCUCUGCUUAGCGCGGCGGACGUGUCAGGUUACAAUGUGGUCCCGUAGGAUUCCCCUGUUUAUUUUUGGCGUUCUAGUUUUAAUACUAAGCGUGGCAGCAGAGGACGUAGUAUGGCGCUGGUCCUGCGACAACGGCAAGUGCGUCAAGCUGAAGAACGACCCGCGCAGCUCGGAGCCCGCGCUCAGCCUGGAGGCCUGCAAGAUGUUCUGCAACGAGUACGGACUGUUAUGGCCACGGCCUACCGGGGAGGCGGACCUAGGCAACUUCCUCUCGAAGAUCAACCUGAACAGCAUCGAAGUGAAGAUCCUGAAGAAAGGAGCCACGGACGACCUGAUGGAGGCCGCUGCUAAGAGAUUCAAGGAGCAAGUCUCCUUGGCAAUCCCCAGAGGGUCAACCCCCAAACUGACCGGCAAGGCGGUGGACGUCUACUUAGUCAACGAGAAUCCUAAUGAAAAAGCAUUUUCCCUGGAGAUGGACGAGAGCUACGGCCUCCGCGUGUCCCCGUCGGGAGCUGAUCGCGUGAACGCCACCAUCACGGCAAACUCCUUCUUCGGGAUGCGUCACGGGCUGGAGACGCUGUCACAACUCUUCGUCUUUGACGAUAUCAGGGACCACCUCUUGAUGGUCCGCGACGUGAACAUCAGCGACAAACCCGUGUACCCGUACAGAGGUAUCCUCUUGGAUACCGCCCGCAACUACUACUCCAUCGAGUCCAUCAAAAGGACUAUUGAGGCGAUGGCGGCGGUGAAGCUUAACACAUUCCACUGGCACAUCACGGACAGCCAGAGCUUCCCCUUCGUCACCACCAAGCGGCCCAACCUUUACAAGUUCGGAGCCCUGAGCCCGCAGAAGGUGUACACCAAGGCAGCCAUUCGCGAGGUGGUCCGCUUCGGGCUGGAGCGCGGCGUGCGCGUGCUGCCCGAGUUCGAUGCGCCGGCGCACGUGGGCGAGGGAUGGCAGGACACCGACCUCACCGUCUGCUUCAAGGCCGAGCCAUGGAAAUCAUACUGCGUGGAGCCCCCAUGCGGUCAGCUCAACCCCACCAAAGACGAGCUCUACCAGUAUCUGGAAGACAUCUACUCAGACAUGGCUGAGGUGUUCGAUACCACCGACAUUUUCCACAUGGGAGGUGACGAGGUGAGCGAAGCGUGCUGGAAUUCCUCGGACUCCAUCCAGAACUUCAUGAUGCAGAACCGCUGGGACCUCGACAAGGAGAGCUUCCUCAAGCUCUGGAACUACUUCCAGCAGAAGGCGCAGGAUAAGGCUUAUAAGGCAUUUGGGAAGAAACUUCCUCUCAUUCUGUGGACUAGCACUUUGACAAACUAUAAGCACAUUGACGAUUACUUGAACAAGGACGACUACAUUAUCCAAGUAUGGACCACUGGCGUCGACCCUCAAAUCAAGGGUCUCCUGGAAAAGGGCUACCGACUCAUCAUGUCCAACUACGAUGCGCUUUACUUCGACUGCGGCUACGGAGCGUGGGUCGGCGCUGGUAACAACUGGUGUUCUCCUUACAUCGGAUGGCAGAAAGUAUACGACAACAGUCCGGCAGUUAUCGCUCUUGAACACAGAGAUCAGGUUUUAGGUGGUGAAGCAGCGCUCUGGUCAGAGCAGUCAGACACGUCGACCGUGGACGGGCGGCUGUGGCCGCGCGCCGCCGCGCUGGCCGAGCGGCUGUGGGCCGAGCCCGCCACCUCGUGGCAGGACGCCGAGUACCGCAUGCUGCACAUCAGGGAGCGCUUUGUCCGUAUGGGCAUCCAGGCGGAGUCCCUGCAACCCGAAUGGUGCUACCAAAACGAGGGGUACUGUUACUCGUAAUCUCAACGCUAGCCUCACGAGAUUCGUCUGCGUUCGCCCGGGCUACAGGCAACAGCAACGGGGCUUUUCUAGAAGUCCACGUAGAGUUUUUUUAUUGACUCAAAAUGAACAAACUUUUUUCUUUUUAAUUUACUUAUGGCUCGGAACAGUUGACAGCGGACGACGAUACUUUAAUGAGGGCUAUCGUUUUAGCGCUCACCAGUUAGCGCCACUGUAGGUAGAGUAAGGUCCUGUCACUUGCUAGUAGCGAAGACAGUGGCACCAACUGGUGAGCGCUAAAGUGGUAGGAGGACUAUCGCAUUUGCACUCACCAAGAUGGCGCCACUGUAGAGUAAGGUCCUGUCAAUCGCCAGGGGUGCCAACUGUUAAGUAUAAAAACGAUAGCCCUUAUUAAAUUGAAGUAAGUAGAAGGUUCAUUAAUGCUCCAUGAAAAGACUCUUCUGCCUCGAACUUGCCCAGGUAUACAACAAAAUAGUUCGUUUCAGCCAAAUAACGUCCACUGCUGGACAAAGGCCUCCCUUAUGGAUUGCCAUAACGACAAGCCCUGCGCUGCCCGGAACAACAAAAUAGUAUUCUUAAGCAAAUUAUGUCACUGUGAUUGAUUACGCUAAGCUUGUACUAUUAUGUAUUUUGUCAAUUUGGUGCACUUCUAUUAAUUAGAUAUUAUGUAAGUUA